AAGCCUCCGUAGUGCGUCUCCCCCGUUGCCUUGGGAAACGACCCGGGACCUGGGAGGGAGCGAAAUCGUUUCCCGCCGGCGGGAGCUCUAGUUGAGACCGGGUCUCAGAGCUAGCGGCCUCCAUUGUUGCUGUACCAUGGCAGACCAACUGUAUCUGGAAAAUAUAGACGAGUUCGUCACGGACCAGAACAAGAUCGUAACAUACAAGUGGCUGAGCUAUACACUAGGGGUUCAUGUUAACCAGGCCAAACAGAUGCUGUAUGAUUAUGUUGAAAGGAAACGGAAGGAGAAUUCAGGAGCCCAACUGCAUGUCACCUAUUUGGUAUCUGGCAGUUUCAUUCAGAAUGGACAUACUUGCCACAAGGUUGCAGUAGUGAGAGAAGAUAAAUUAGAAGCAGUGAAGUCCAAGCUAGCUGUGACUGCCAGCAUCCAUGUGUACAGCAUCCAGAAAGCUAUGCUAAAGGACAGUGGGCCUCUGUUCAAUACUGACUAUGACAUCCUUAAAAGCAACUUGCAGAACUGCAGCAAGUUUAGCGCUAUACAGUGUGCAGCUGCCAUCCCCAGAGUUCCUGCAGAAUCCUCAUCUUCCAGAAAAUUUGAGCAGCCAAAUCUUCAGGCAUCAAAUGAGACACCCGCCAGUAAUGAGCUGACCACCAAUGGUCAUGGCCCACCUCCCUCCAAACAGGUUUCCCAUCAGCCCAAAGGAAUUAUGGGAAUGUUUGCCUCUAAAACUGCUACUAAAACCCAAGAUACCAACAAGGAACCCAAAACAGAGGCUAAAGAAAUAACAAAUGUAUCUUCGGCUGGAAGCAAAGCACCUGGAAAAGGGAAUACAAUGAGCAAUUUUUUUGGAAAAGCUGCUAUGAAUAAACUUAAAGUCAAUUUGGACUCAGAACAAGCAGUGAAAGAAGAAAAAAUAGUGGAGCAACCUCCAGUGUCUGUCACUGAACCAAAGCUGGCAACUCCUGCAGACCUGAAGAAAUCCAGCAAAAAAGCAGAGCCUGUUAAGAUGCAGCAGAUGGAAAAAAAAUGCAAUAGGGUGAAGCGAAUAGAGUUAACUGAUGAUGAAACAAAGGAAACUGGAAAUGUGAAGAAAAAGAGGAGAAGAAUCAAACUUCCUCAGUCUGAUAGCAGUGAAGAUGAAGUCAUCCCAGACUCUCCUGGGACUUACGAAGCUGAGUCACCAUCCCUGCCUCCUCCCAUAUCUUCACCUCCUGAUCCAGUGAGGAAGACUGAGCCUGAACCUCCUUCCUUCAAGAACUCAAGUGGAGAAAACAAAAGAAAACGAAAGCGUGUACUGAAAUCUAAAACCUUCAUGGAUAUGGAAGGUUGCAUAGUGACUGAAAAAUUCUUCGAGAGUGAAUCUUGCACAGACAGUGAAGAGGAGCUUACGAUAAAGACAUCCUCUGGACACAGAUCCCCUGCCAUGACUGUGAAAAAAGAGCCCAAAGAGGAACGAAAGGGCCCCAAGAAAGGGACUGCUGCUCUGGGCAAAGCCAACAGACAAGUGUCCAUUACUGGCUUCUUUCAGAGGAAAUAAACUGCCACCUCUGGCAGGUCAGAGACUUAGAGUGGUCAGAGGAAAGGCCUAGACGUACAGACUCUCACUUACUAUGUAAGUCCGCCUAUCAUCUAGCUCCUCGCCUCACCUGCAUCGAGACUGUUCUUCCAUCCUGUGAAGUUUAUGCUACUACGGUUUUUAAUCCGAGUCACCUGGAAACAGGAGGCAAAAGAAUGUUUAAAAAGCUGUUAUCUUAAUGACAUUUUAAAAGCACAAACUUAGAAGAAUUCACUGCAGAAUUAAAUCCGAACAGGUUCAGAAUUUCUCACUGUGCCCCACUUACCCUUUGCCCUGACCCUCUUACCCAUAGCUCAGGAAGAUUCUGUCAGGUUCCUCUGUGUUCUGUGAACUUGUGUGGAUGUUUUUAUCCCUGAAUUCUACUGGAUGUGUUUGUGGUCUGCAACCUCCUUUCCCUACUGUGACAUUUCUGUCCCCUAGUCCCAUAAAGAUGUUUUCUAUAAAUCUUUUAAGUCUUGGUUGAACCAAAAGCCAAAACAAAAAUCUUCUCAUAAUCCUCUUUCUCCAUUAUAGAGUACACCAACACCUGGCUGCAGACCAGGACACGGAUUAUAUUUUGCCCCUUUCACAAAAGCUCUCUAGAUCUUUACUCACUAAUAGUGGUUAGGGAAAACCUCGGGCAGAGCACAGAUAAAAAUGUAAUGAUGUAUCCAACUUCACCAGAUUACCAAGAGUCAGCAUGAGUGAUGGAGGAGCUGUCAUGUUGCUGACACAGGGAGCUGUUUACUAUGCCUUUGUGGUUUCCUGCUGCCCUACUGUGAAACCUAUACAGUGAGAUGAAGACUAAAAAGUGUUUCUACAUGCAUUGUACAACAUUAUAGAGAAUUUCUCCCUCUCAAGGAAAUGCAAUGUUCAGAAACAGCAGUUUCCGAGGAAGUUAAUGAAGAACUUAGGGCAUAUGUUUAUACACAGAUGUUGCUCCUCUGUAUUUUCAACUCCUCAUCUGCCUAACAGUACAGGCAUCCCAAGAAGAGAUGGAGAAUCAAUGAUUAGUAGGUCGAAACAGUAUAUACAAUUUUCCUUUGUGCACACUUACUGAAAAUCAUUUAUUCUGAUAACUUUCAAGCACCUCCCAUUACGGCUGGACAGGCAGCAGGCUCAGUGCGUGGAGGUGGGGUGGGAGUGAGCUUGCACAGUGAGCUCUGGGGAAGGGAACACAGGCUCAACUGCCGACAUCACUCACCCAUAGCAGACAAAGGACAUCUGACCCACUUCUGCCUCAGCCUGGUAUAUGUCGUAAGUGGUGCAAUCAGUUGUCUACCAUUGAAGGUUAGGACUGUAACUGACUUUGGGAUUCAAACAAGCUUCUUUAGCAACCGAGUAUGGACUUGAUUAAAAGACCAGAGGCUUGGUCCUGGCAUUAUGUCUAUGUCUUAAGAAGGCAGAGGUCUUGUGUAGCAAGCCGAGUAAAGGUUGACAUACUCCAAAACCAUUUCUAUUUAAAAUGAAAAAAAGAAUGGAAAGCCUGGACUUAAAGCUUGACAAAAAACUUCUGGAGAAGAAUCCUUUCUAAAUGGUUAUUUUUGUCAUUGCCUCUAGACAUUUUUUCUAAAUAGGAAUGGAAAAUUAAAAAGCAACAGUCCAGUCUUUAAAAAAAAUUAUUAUGCUGGGAUCUCUAAUAAAACUGAAUUUGAAUUGGAAAAAUCUGGUGUGAGUUGGAAUUCCAACUUUGAAGGGAUAAUGCAAGUCCUAUGAUCUCUGUGCCAUCAUGCUUCCUAAACUCUGGGCUGCCUGCAAGGCUUAGUG